CAAGCAAGUCGCUCCGAAGCGCGCCAAAACGAAACAGAAAAGUGUCAGCAAACUCUUAUUUUGCAAAGCCCGUCCAAGCGAAAAACGCGCGCGCGCGAACUUAGAAAAAAAAAAGAAGAAACACAUCACAAUACCGUAAAACGGCUACGUGCUAAAUAAAAUACAGAAAUAAAUGCAAAAACGGGCUUAAAUGUGCAGCAACCGCAUCAAAUAUUAGUGCUCAACUUUACCCCUCUUUCGCGUUGUGCCAAAGAAAACAAAAGAAAAGAAAAGCAUUAGCACAAAACUAAAAUAAAUUUGAAAUACAUAUAUUAGACGCGUGCGUGCUUGUGCAUAUAUUAUAAUCGGUUUUUAAUGUUUUAACGCGAGUGGACAAAAAGCGAAAUGAAUACCAGUUAGAAAUGUGACUAAAAUCACUAAACGAAUUUACUUGAAAAAAGAAUCAACAAAAGAAAAAAGCAAAGGAAGCAUACCACAAGGAAUCUAAACAGCGCAGUAAGAGCGAGCCCGAGCUCACAAGGCAGCCGUCACACAAGGCGAACCAGCAAAGCGAUCGAGCUAAAAGGCAGUGCUUAACGGUUAAUUGAGUUGAGGCGAGUGAAGAAUUGGUUAACAAGAUGAGCGUCAUCGAUAGCGGCAAGUAUCGUCUGCGCAAGGACUGGGCCAGUGCCUCUAUACCGUCAUUGGUCAACAUCGAUGAGCAUGUGGAUGGCGAUGGCGAGCCCGAGCAUAGCAUGAAUAUAACAGCGCCGCUGCCGCCACAGAAGCCGCCACGUCGCAGCUCGCUGGCGUUGGGUCUCUUCUCCAGCAAGUCAGACAAGAGCCAGAAGCGACGCAGCUCCAUUGCCGUCUCGUUUCUGCGCCGUGAUAGCAAUAAGAACUCUACCAAAGACUCGUAUGAAUCGGCUGUGCGCAGCGAGAAGUCAGAUGGCUCUGCCACGCCCACCAACAGUCCCGAGAUAGUGUAUAGCUCGGAGGAGAAUAUACGCGCUAGCUCACCCAAUGAGCCCGGCAAACUGACCUAUUUUGAGGAUGGAACACAGUCGCGUGCCGUCGUUCAGGGCAUGAAUCCCUAUGAUACGCCCAACGAUCGGCAACGCCGACGUCGCAGCUCGCUGCAGACAAAAUUAGAUCGACACAGACGCAAGAAGAUGGAGUUUAUCAAUCAACGGAGCCUGGACUCCAAUAUGACCAACAGCGAGUCGCAAAGCGAUCUGACCAAUGACAGUAUGGGGGCCAAUGGAGCCAAUAAUGCCAGCGAUAUGGCCAGCUAUGCGAACGAUGACGAUGAUGAGGACGACAUUGUCGAUCCCAAUCAUGUUGAGUACUUUCCGCGCGAGAAGCGACACUCCUGGUGGAAUAUAUUUGUGCCCGAUAACUUCAAGAACAGGUCACGUAGGGCUAGUCAAGAUGUUUCCAGUUUGUCGCGUAGCGUUGACAACUUGGCGAUUCCCGUGCGCAGGAGCAAAUCGCGCAGUGUGGAUCAUGGCCUUGCGGCACCAUUCGAUUUGGAUUCGUUGCGUUCGAAAGUCGAGCAGCGAUUUGAGAGCGUCGACAAACUGUCAAGGCAAAAGUCUUCAUUGCCCACCAUACCCACCAUUUCCUAUACUGUGGGAAAUCGCGACACACUGACAUCGGUGGCGGCACGUUUUGAUACCACGCCAUCGGAGCUAACACAUUUGAAUCGGCUGAACAGCUCGUUUAUAUAUCCGGGCCAGCAGUUGCUGGUGCCCGAUAAGAGUGCCAAAGACGAUGCCUCCACCAGUUCCUCUGGCACGAUUGAUGGCGGGGGCGGGGGCGGGGGCGGCGGCAGUCUCUCCGGCAAAUCCAGUCCAAUUGAGCGCAAGUUGUCUGGCGAUGAGAGCAAGCAGGAGAAAGAUAUUCUUGAAGGCCUGCGCCCAGGCUCGCCCAAGCCGGGACACAUUGAGCGCGUUGUGGGCAACAGCAGCGUUGGCAACAGCCAGGCCGAGGAGAAUGCGGACAGAAGCGAUGAUCCCGUGAUUACCCAGCGCUUUCUCAAGAUUAAUGUACGCCACAUUACCGAUGGCCAGGGCGUUGUCGGUGGCGUUCUCUUGGUCACACGCAACGCUGUUAUGUUUGAUCCAAAUGUCAGUGAUCCGCUGGUCAUUGAGCAUGGCCCAGAAAGCUACGGGGUCAUAGCACCCAUGGAUCUAGUUGUUAAUGCAGCCAUAUUCCAUGACAUAGCGCACAUGCGUGUGGCUGGCGGUGCCGGGCCGAGUGUGGCUGCAGCGUCUGCUAGUGCCGGCAGUGAUGCAGAGAAGCCCGAAAUCUAUUAUCCCAAACCAGUAUUAGUUGAGGAAGAUUCCAAGGAGUUGCCCGAACAGCAGGAGGACCUGGAAGCCAACAAGCAACGCUUGGAGGCCGAAAUUGGUUCACUGGAGGUCACCGAUGAUCAGGAGUCACUAUGUUCCAGCACUGGUCGCGAUGGCGAUGCCUUCCCGAAGGCCUUUGAGCGCGAUCGUGUUGCGGAUACAUCAACGGAUGCCAAAGAUAGCGCUAAGACUGACGCUCAGGACGAGGACGAGGAUAAGAAAACGCUAGGCCCGACCAACACACGCAGCACGCUGGAGGAGCGACGCAAGAGUCUAUUGGAUCACCACUGGGCCAUACCCAGCAAAGAUCGAUCAUCGGAAGACGAGGCCGACAACGAGUCCAACAUUACCAUAGACAGCGGCGCACGGGUCCAGGACCCACAGUCGACAGCGAGCUCGGUUAGCGGCGAUGCCAAAGGAGCCGUAGGAGGUUCCGCUGCAGCUGCUGCUGCGGCUGCGGCUGCUGCUGCAUCAGGUGCUGUUGGUGGUCUGGUGCCGGGCAUGCUGCCGCCAUCUGGCAUUGAUUUGGAGCAUCUGGAGGAGCUGUCGAAGCAGUCCUGUUACGACUCAGGCAUCGACAUUCGCGAGCCCAUACCCACAAUACAGCCGAUACCAAAGAAAACCGUAUACAGCGACGCUGACAUCGUGCUCAGCUCAGACUGGGUGCCGCCGAAGACCAUUGUACCCACGCAUUUCAGCGAGUCACCGCCACGUAGCACCAUUCUUGGCCAGAGCCUCGACGCUGGCGGUGCUCGCAAGAAGACCUCCAGCGUCAGUUUCACCGUUGACGACGAGGCAGCACAGCAGGCACAGGCAGCCGCAUCGGCAGCUGCCGCGAGCGGCGACAAGCAGGCUGACAAAAAAAAUAAGAUGCUUAAACGUCUGUCGUAUCCAUUGACUUGGGUGGAGGGCCUAACUGGCGAGGGCGGCGCACCGCCUGCACCGGGCAGCGGCCUGAAUAAGUCGGCGGACACAGAUUCGGCGCCCAACACGGGUGACUCCAACCAGAGUGUAUUUUCGAAAGUAUUCUCAAGCUCGCCCAUCACUCUGGUAUCAGAGCUGGGCGGCAACUUGUUUUCGAAAACACCGUCCGAAGAAUCUGGUGGGUCGCCAGUGCCGCCAUUGACUCCACACUCGACACAUUCCGAGGGUCACAUGACCUAUGGGCGCUCCUCUAUUGGCACUUUUAUACGCCCACACUCUUCGGAGGGCACUGCGUCUAGCACGAAGCUGAAGGAGGCCAAACAGCCGCCGCCCAAGCUUGACUACCGCUCCAUGGUCUCGAUGGAUGACAAGCCGGAACUGUUUAUCAGCGUGGACAAGCUUAUACCGCGUCCCGCACGCGCCUGCUCUGACCCACCUUUGUAUUUCCGCCUGCGCAUGGGCAAGCCCAUUGGCAAGGCAAUACCACAGGGCACCACAGUCAUGUCCUAUGGCAAAAACAAGCUGCGCGCCGAAUAUUGGUUCAGUGUGCCCAAAAAUCGCGUUGACGAGCUCUAUCGUUUCAUAAACACCUGGGUGAAACACCUGUACGGUGAAUUGGACGAAGAGCAAAUAAAGGCGCGCGGCUUUGAGCUAAUCCAGGAGGAUACCGAAUGGACAAAGAGUGGCGCCAUCAAAGCAAGCGGCUACAGCGACAGCCAGGAUGGCGAGGAAAUUGGCGAUCUCACCCGGGAGUCCUGGGAGCUUCUAAAGGCGCCCUUCGCCAAGACCUACAAGAUCAUAAAAACGGCUUCGCAUGCCGCAUCGCAUGAUUUGGAAUUGUUGGGCGGCGAGGUGCUGUCUAUGAGCACAGAUGAAUAUCGCAAGACCUCACUCUUUGCAACUGGUUCCUUCGACCUGGACUUUCCCAUACCAGAUCUAAUUGGCAAAACAGAGAUACUCACAGAAGAGCAUCGUGAAAAACUAUGCGCACAUUUGCCAGCGCGCGCCGAGGGCUAUUCGUGGUCCCUAAUCUUUAGCACAUCGCAACAUGGUUUCGCCCUCAACUCGCUGUAUCGCAAGAUGGCGCGACUGGAGAGUCCAGUUUUGAUUGUUAUCGAGGAUACAGAGCACAAUGUAUUUGGUGCCCUGACCUCCUGCUCGCUGCAUGUGUCCGAUCAUUUCUAUGGCACCGGCGAAUCCCUGCUCUACAAAUUUAAUCCCAGCUUCAAAGUAUUCCAUUGGACUGGCGAGAAUAUGUACUUUAUCAAGGGCAACAUGGAGAGCCUAUCGAUUGGCGCUGGCGACGGUCGCUUUGGCCUGUGGCUGGACGGAGAUCUAAAUCAGGGCCGAUCGCAGCAUUGCAGCACAUAUGGCAACGAGCCAUUGGCACCACAAGAAGACUUUGUUAUCAAAACACUCGAAUGCUGGGCAUUUGUUUAAGUGGAUUUGUGUUGAGAGCGCGUUCUCGAUGAGAAGAGCGAUGCCUACCUAUUUAAUUAAUUGAUAAUAUUAAAUAUAUAAAUAUAUCUAUAUGUGUAUGUGUACUACAACUAAAACCAACCACAACAAUAACAAACAACCUGAGAAUGAUAUCAAAAUCUAACGCGUGUCUAAACAAAAAAUAAAUAUAAACAAAAACAAAAACAAACAAAAAAAACAAAAACAAAAAUAUAUAAUCAUACAAAAACACAAAGACGAGAAUAACUGAGAGCCUAACCUUAAUUUCGGAUGCAGUUGAAAGCUUCUAAAAAAUGUCUGUGAGCAAGAAGAUAAUUGCUAUAUGCGUUAAAACGUAUUAAUUAUUUAGUUUUUAUAUUAUAUAUUAUUAAACAAGAGGUAACUAAAUUAUGUAGUAGAUUUAAACAGUGAGAAAUCGGAAAACACGAAAACAGAAAAACAAUUGAAAAUUAAAUUUAAGGCAAACGACGCCUCUCACAAAAUAAACAACAUAUGGAAACUUUUGGACAUAAGCAUCGCAUACAUACAUACAUACAUACAUACACACACACACAUACACACAUACAUAUAUACACCAACUCACACAUAUGCAUUUAAGCUUAAGUUUUAUUAUCAAAAUUUAUACUAAAUGUAAUGAUGAUAAACCAAAAUACAACACAAAACAAACAAGUUUUCAUUUCGAUUCGAUUCGAUUAAUUGUUUUGUAUUUUGUUAAUCUAAUAUUAUUUAAUUUUGAUUCGUGCCUUUGCUUUUUUCUCUAGAAACAUGUGCAGAUAGAAAAAAAAAAGAAAAGAAAUGUCGAUAUAAUUUUAGUGCAAUGGCGCUGACACGCCUCCACUUUUUGCAAGUGAAACGAAAAUAUCUUUUAAAGAUUUAACUUUUAUGGGAGACCGAAAGAAUGGCAGCGGGAGACAGCAGGAGACAGAGACAGCGACAGAGAGAGAGAGAGAGAGAGAGAGAGAAAUACAUAUAAAGGCGUUUAUU